AGUAGAGAACAAGCAAGUAAACUCGAAACAAGCCAAGUUUUAUUCAAGUGAAAAGGUGCCCUUAUUUAGGUUACGCAAGCCAAAAGAACCUAAAAAGCAAGCAUAAUGAGAAGAAUAAGUUGUGUAGAUUAUAUUUAGGUAAUGAGUUAAGAGUUAUUUCAAGUGGCGACGAGGAUAUUCGAACAAAGCUGAACAGUGUGCUUAUCACCAUGUGCUCUGAUUUAGAUUAUGGCCGACAGCCCAGAAGAAACAUCGUUUAUUGAUCUGUCCGAAACGUGUCCAUCACCGCUCUUUUUGGACGUAGCAGAAGAUAGUUCGCCAGGAAACAGCUUGGAGAACAUUGUAGAAGAAGAAGUCGAGGGUGAAGAGCUCAAUGAAACAGGUGGACUAACCUUUGACGAAUACACCGACCGAUGGGACUUGUAUUUUGAAGACCAAGGGAUUGAAGACGUAACAAAGCAGAGAAACGCAUUUCUGACGAAUAUGGACAGCAAAACUUAUACCCUGAUUAUAAAUUUGCUGAAACCUAAAAAGCAAGCAGAACCAACUAAGUCUGUCCAGAGGGAUAGAUUCCAUGCCAGAGUACAGCAACCUGGAGAGCCAGCCAUAGAGUUUAUUACGGAGUUGUCAAGAUUGGCAGACAAAGCUCAAUUCAAGGAGAGAGACGAAGCAAUGGUGGCCAGGAUGAUAUCUGGUUUACGUGAUUUGAAGUUAAAGGAGAGCCUUCUCCUUGAACCAGAUGACAAGUUGACAGUCGAGUACGUGUCAACGAGGAUUUACGCACAUGAGCGAGCAGAGGCUGCGGCAAAGGAGUUGUCUGGUGGUCAAAAGGGAUCGCUGCACCAAGUUGUGCAGAAAAAAGCACCUGACAAGGACCGCCAGCCAAAUUGGAAAAGAACAAAAGGUGGGCUGUUGGGCCAUUAUGAAGAAAUGCAGAAAAACAACCAGUGUUUCUGCUGUGGAAAAACAAGUCAUAUGAGGGAUGACUGCAAGUUGAAGAAAAAGUUGUGCCAAUUUUGUGGGCGAAUUGGGCACCAAGAAGAUGUCUGCUACACCAAGAAACUAAAGCAGAAAAGCAAAACGACUCAUCACUUGGAUAAUGAAGAAAACUCAAGUGAAGAAAGUUCUAGUGAAGAAGACGAGGGAGCCAAAGGAGGUGCUCGAAGACAAGAAGAAGCAGUCACAAACUACCUUUUGAAAAUGGAGACUAAAUGCGAGAAAUUGUCCGGUAAGAGAAUUUUUCUAGACAUCCAAUUGAAUGGGCAAACUUUGCCAAUGGAACUUGACACUGGAGCCUCAUAUUCACUGAUUGGAGGGCAAACGUUCAGUGAGUAUUUUCCAAAAGGAGCUCAGUUGCAGCCAUCGAAUGUAAAAAUGAAGCCUUGGGGUGAUGGCCCUGAAAUUAGAGCAGCUGGUGCAUUAAUUGUGCCCAUUUGGCUACAAGGAAGAGAAGAGCCAGUUCAGCUUGAACUGCUAGUGAUGGAGCAACCUGGGCCAGCUUUAAUUGGACGGAACUGGUUUGAAGAACUGGGUGUAGAAAUGAAAAUUCCAAGAGUGAUUGCAAGAGAAAAUGUGAAGGCGGAGAAAGUGAAAAAGAAGAAAAAGAAAAAGAGGAAGAAAAAGCAUAGUGCAAGUGUCUUCAAGAUGGAAAACAUUCCUGAAGAAUUUCAAGAUUUGAGUGAAGUAUUUUCGCCUGGGCUUGGAAGGUUCAAGGGCCCCCCAGUGCGAAUUGAAUUGAAGGAUGGAGCAAAACCAAUACAACGAAACGCUCGCCAAGUGCCAUUUGCACUUGUUGAGAAAACAGAAAAGGCUCUGAUUGAGCUGGAAGAAGCAGGAGUAAUCGAGCAAACUUUGUCAUCUGAUUGGGCCACGCCGAUAGUAGUGGUCGAGAAAGGUGACAAGGUGCGAAUUUGUGCCGACUACUCGUCAACCGUAAAUCCGCAGAUCAAGCGCUCAGAUUACCCGUUACCAACAUUAGACCAACUGCUGAGUAAAGUGAAGAAAGGAUUCCAUUUCACCAAAAUUGAUUUAGCCGAGGCAUACCUCCAGUUUGAGGUGGACGAGGAGUCGUCCGAAAUUCUGACCAUAACUACCCAGAGAGGACGAUUCAAAUUUCGAAGAAUGCCACCAGAACUGGAGUACCUGGGCUAUUUGUUUACUCAAGAAGGAGUGAAACCUACUAAUGAGAAGAUCAAGGCCAUUCAAGAGAUGCCUGCCCCGAAGAACCUCGAUGAGCUACGAGCCUAUCUCGGGUUGCUGAAGAAAGGGGCGCGUUUCUAUUGGUCCACAGAAUGCCAAACUGCCAUGGAGGAGGCAAAAAGAAUUGUGAGCAAGCAGGCAGCCCUAGCAUACUUUGACCCAAGCAAAGAGGUGAUACUAGCAUGUGACGGGAGUAACAAAGGAAUCGGUGCAGUGCUCAGCCAAGUGGAACAGGGAAAAGAGAUUGAUGUGGAGGCUCUAUCCAUUGUCUGGGCUGUCAAGAAACUGAAAAAGUUUUUGUGGGGACGUCAGUUCACGAUAAUCACUGACCAUAGGCCUCUUCUUGGUAUUUUCAGCCCUGGAAAACCAUUAUCUGACCACUUACCAGCAAAACUCAAGAGGCUGCCUUUGGAAGUUGUUGAGGAGGAUCAAGAUGAACUUUUCUGUGGAGAAGCCAAAAUUUGUUUCAUGGACUUGCUGAACCCAACGUUGACAGUGGACAGAUUUAAAGAAGAAGCAAAAGUCGACGAAGAACUUUCUGCAAUCAAGCCUCUUCUGUUGCAAGAGAAAGCAGUGGUGCCGCAAAGCCUGCGAGAGAAAAUUUUGUGCUUGCUUCACUCGAACCAUUUCGGAGAGGUCCGAACAAAAUCACUGGCCCGUCAAUAUUUCUGGUGGCCAGAAAUGGACCUAGAGAUUUCAAAUUUGUGUGCAGCCUGUGAACCAUGCAGACUGUUCAACAAGGCGCCAAACAAAGCACCUAUUAUUCCAUGGGGGAAAACAUUCAUUAUUGGAGUUGAUGGGCUAUCUGGAUGGAUGGAUUGUGAGCGAACAAGAGGAAUGUCAGCAGACGACGUGAUACUCUUCUGUAGAAAGAAUUUCCGAUUCCAGGGAUUGUGUGACGUGAUUGUUGCUGACAAUGGGCCCGCAUUUAGGUCAGCAGAAUUUGAAAGUUUCUGUAGUGAUAAUUCUAUAGAAAUUGUAUAUUCUCCACCUUACAGCCCUGCUUCAAAUGGUGUGGCAGAAAAAGGUGUCCAGACAGUGAAAGCCUUCCUCAAGAAAGUUAGUGGUGAUGAAAAGAAGUUGGACAGCUUUUUGUUGGGCCAAAAUUCUUGUCCUAAUCCCACUACUGGCAUCGCAGCAGCAGAAUUCAACCUUGGCCGAAGGCCUCAGACGGUCAUCGACAAAGUGCACCCAGAUCAACAACACAUAAGACGACAAAUUGAAAGGGAGAAGAGGGCAAUCGCCGCAGUCACAACUAAGCCUCGGGGAGGAGUUGAGGGUCAAGAAGUGGCGUUCCGACAAUUCACAGGAAGAGAUAAGUGGGUCCCUGGGCAAGCAGUCCGACUACUGGGCCCUCGUCGUGUGAGGGUGAAAGAUGGAGAGGGAAUUGAGCGUGAGAGGCACUUGGACCAGGUGAAAUUUCAGCCACCUCUCAGGCGCUCAUCGAGAGUGAGAAAAAAAUUAAAUCAGACUUAAGUGAGUUUAAAAUUGCUAACCAUUUUGCUAUUAUUUGCCACUGAUACAAUAAUUGUAUAAUUUAAUUUGAAGUGCUAUGCUGUAAUCCAACAUUAAUUAUCAAAAUUGUAAUUUUGAUCUGCCUCUGGAGGUUUGCUAUGUCUGAAAAAGAGUAAGCAUAGCACUUUUCUAUUGGCAUCAAAUUGGAUCUCCCGCCAAGGCGCAGCGCAGCGCGUUUACCUUUUGUUUUGGGUUAAUAAAAAGUUAGUAGAGAACAAGCAAGUAAACUCGAAACAAGCCAAGUUUUAUUCAAGUGAAAAGGUGCCCUUAUUUAGGUUACGCAAGCCAAAAGAACCUAAAAAGCAAGCAUAAUGAGAAGAAUAAGUUGUGUAGAUUAUAUUUAGGUAAUGAGUUAAG